UCGGUAGACAAAAAAGCAAAAGGCCCCUUCUCCCUGCUCUUUUUAGCACUGUUUUUAAAAACACACAUAUAGUACAGAAGAAGAAGAAGAAGAAGAGCAAGAAGAAUCGAAAGACAAAGAUAAGAAUAUGAGUAGCAUAGGAACAGGAUACGACCUUGCGGUCACCACUUUCUCUCCAGAUGGUCGUGUUUUCCAGAUCGAGUACGCUGCCAAAGCCGUCGACAACAGCGGGACUGUUAUUGGAAUCAAAUGCAAAGAUGGGAUUGUUAUGGGUGUGGAGAAGCUAAUAGCAUCGAAGAUGAUGUUGCCUGGUUCCAAUAGAAGAAUUCAUGCUGUUCAUCGCCACUCCGGAAUGGCUGUGGCAGGACUAGCAGCAGACGGAAGGCAAAUUGUUGCCCGGGCCAAGUCUGAAGCUAGUAAUUAUGAAAGUACGUAUGGCGAACCAAUUCCUAUCAAGGAACUUGCUGACCGUGUUGCUAGUUACGUGCAUCUGUGUACACUUUAUUGGUGGCUGAGACCUUUUGGAUGUGGAGUUAUUCUUGGAGGCUAUGACAGAGAUGGACCACAGCUGUACAUGGUUGAACCAUCUGGUGUCUCAUAUAGGUACUUUGGUGCUGCAAUUGGCAAGGGCAGACAGGCAGCUAAAACAGAGAUCGAAAAGUUGAAGCUUUCAGAAUUGACUUGCCGCCAAGGGGUUAUUGAAGUAGCCAAAAUCAUUUAUGGAGUACAUGAUGAGGCAAAGGACAAGGACUUCGAAUUGGAAUUGAGUUGGGUCUGUGACGAGUCAAACCGUCUGCAUCAGAAGGUACCAGAUGAGCUUCUACAGGAAGCUAAGGCAGCGGCCAAAGCAGCCUUGGAAGAAAUGGAUGCAGAUUAGUAGAGCAUUGCCAUUGUUAACUUAUUUUUACAUGGUUGCAUCUGAAAUUGUCUUUAUAUCAUUCCAGAACAUCCUCAAAAUGUGUUAUGGCAUAGACUGGUGCUUUUUAUCUUUUAGACAUUGAUCUUUAUUAUGUUACAGUAUUUGAGAUAAAUGUUUAUUCCUAUCAAUUGACAGUAGGAAACCAUCUUUUUCUGUUUUUGAUAGAACUGUACGUGCUAGUCUAA